CAAUCGCGAAUCCUCUACGAGUUUCUUUUAUGCCCCCAAUUAUUUUUCCCGCCAGGAGCUUUAGCUUCUUCAACAAUCAUCUUCAGCUUCAACUGUCUCUCCACAGAGUUACUACUACAGUACUAUACACACACUCUCGCUCGCUAAAUCACUACUUAGAUCAACCAUGGAUGCUCGAAGGAAUCCGAAUUCUCGGAGAGGUGAUCCGAAUUCUAGAGCCUCGGAGACGGAGAGGCCGCCCUUCUUAGACCUCUCCAACUUCAAUCUCACACCGAUCGAGACUCUACGCAAGCUCUGCUGCUCCACCACCACCGCCCCCUCCUCGGCCGGGACCUCCUCCAACUUCCACGGCGCCCUUCCGAAAUCCCCAAUUUCAGUCUCGAAAUCCGGUUCCAAAUCUUCGCAACCCCGCAAUGAUAACUCAACUGAUGCAAAAUCAGACACUAGCGUCGGAUCCUCCAGUUUCGUCCAAGCUCGAAACGCCAGUAGAUUUGGCAUCUCUACCACGGUUCGCGUUCAUCCUUCUCCUACGUCUUCAGCUUAUGGUCAAAGAGCUACCACCAGAAAGUCUAAUAGGGAAACAAAAGCUACAGUUCUUCCCUGUAGUUCUACUCUUCUUGAAAAUAAAAAGGGGAAAGGAGAGGUUGUUGCCAAGCCUGUUACUUGCUUGCCUCCCAGGAGUAACAAGGAGAAGGGAAAGGUUACUAGCAAGCCUCUCAAUUGCCCGCAUCCUGAGAAUAAGAAGGAUGAGAGUGAGCAGGUUGACAAACUCGCUAGGAGCUUGCUCUCAGAUGGUAACAAGGGUAAAGGGAAAGGGAUUGUUGAGACUGUUAGUCUUUUGCCUGCAAAGAAUAAGAAAGAUAGAGGGAAGGAAAGUUUUGAGUCUCUAAGUUCCUCACCUCCCAAGAAUAACAAGGAUACAGGGAAUGUAAUUUCGAGUAUUAGCAGUUCUUGUGAGAAUAAGAAUAAAGGGGAUGAUAAUGUGGAGCAUAUUCAUCAACUGUCAACUGAGAAAAAGAAAAAUAAGGGCAAGGAAAGUUUUGAGUCUCUCAGUUCCCCACCUCUGAAGAGUAAGGAUAGAGGAAACAUAAUUGUGAACAUUGGCAGUUCUUGUGAGAAAACAAUGGGCAAAGAGAUAUCUGAUGUUUCCUUGAAAAGUCCGCCUCCACAGAAGAUAAGGGGGAAAAGAAAAGCAGAUACAUUUGUUUUUAGUUGCCCUCCUUUGCCAAAGACAAGGAAUUCUAGGAACAAAUGCAAUGAAGUUGGUGAUGUUGAGUUGCCAGGAUCAAGGACUGUUCCAAAUAAAAAGCAGACCAAGAAGAGGCGUUCAGAGGACCAGUAUAGGUUGCCAGAAGAAUUUGUAGAGGAAAAGAGGGCUUAUUUUAAAGAGAUUGAUGAUUUCGAACUGCUAGAGGAGGAAGCAUCAGACUCAUCAGACUGAUGGUUUGGAUUAGAACAGAAGGGUAUGAUGGUAGGCAAGACGCAGGUGCAAUCUAACCCGUUAACAUGUCCUGCAUAGUUAUGAACGAGUACUUUCUAAACCAGGCUGAUGCUUGCAAUACUCUAGAAAAGUAUAAAAGUUGAUGGUAAGACUUGUAUAAAGUUGACGUGUAAUAGUGCUAGGCCUCAAAGGCAUAAGUCCCACUCGAGUGCUUUUUCUGCAGAAGAAAAGUAGCCUUAAACUUCCUUGUCUACGUUGGUUGGUAAAUAAUAAUAAAGUAUUUGUGUAAAAAUUCACAAUUCAAAGAUUGG